AUGGCAGCCACAGUCGCAAAGCAAUACACGCGCCUCCUGCGCGUCUGGCCGGCCGACGCCCUCCGCCCCAACCUGCCCUUCACACGCGCAAUCGAAGCGCGCGCCCUCCCCUACGGCGUAGCGCCCCUCAACGACCCGCGGGAUUCCGCACGCACGCCCGGGAAAACCUCAGCAGCGCCGUCCCCCGCCGACGUCCCCGCGACAACGGCGCAGACGCACGCAAACGCCUCGCCCGCCCAGGAGACCGCCCAGCUCACCGCGCUCUUCUCGCUGCUGGAGAACCGCUAUGCAAACCGCUAUCCCCUGAGCCAGGCGGUGUUCCGGCCCCGCAGCGCCCCGGAGCACUACGAUACGCUCAUGGCCGAGAUUGAGCGCGCGCCGGGGAAGACGUGGUGGCAGGCCAAGGUCGACGAGUGGAAGAUGAUGAUCCGGUGGAAGUAG